AUGGUUGAGUACAACACUGCAUUCUCAUGGGACUUUUAUUCAAACGUGACUAUGGUCACCAAUAAAGGGAUAUGGGCUUUUGAUCAGUUGGCCAUUGAUCUUUACGAUUAUAGCUUCUAUAGGACAGUUCGCGUGAAAGUAAUAAUUAAUUAUCCACUGGGAUUUUGCGACCACUAUGUACUGGUUUCUGAUUUAUUCUGUCAUAAGGCCAGCAAUCCCAAAUCUCAAACCCGGAUUCGAAACUUUUCAGCUAUGCGCAUCUUCCUCAAAAGAGUUAAACUGGGACCAUUUUCAGUUGAAGAGGCCGACGCGGUGCUCGUCCCAAACAAACAACACGCAGUCGGAGCAGCUGCAAGCUAUCUAAAGGAUUCGGCAUCUUCUGUGAAAGAGGCCGCAACUAUGUUUCAAAAAAUGACUAUGGAAGACAGAAGAUGA